ACCAGUAAUUUUGAGGCGUGAUCAUAUGAGAUGUUAACAAGCAGUUGAGAGAAUUUCCUGAGCUGCCAACAAGUGGCGACUGAGUUUUGCAGAGCAGCCAUGGUACAAGCCUCUGUUGUUCACAAACAGAGGCAGGAUAGUUUUAGAAGAUAAGACAUGGAUGGGCUGAAGGCUUAGCAGAGGAGAGCUACCGCAGGUAGAGAUGUGAAUGCAAUACUCAUACUAGAGAAACAGACUACUUCAUGUCUGGGGAGCUUCCAGCUGAGUUUAAUGUCCUACUGUAUCUGUGACACACAGAUUAAGUCUGGCACCCUGACUGAGCAAGCAGGAAAUGCUUCUUUGUCCUGGCUCUGUGGGAUUCAGGGGAGGAGCCCUACUGUGUGAGAGCACCCUGCCCCAAGCAAGUCCCAGCCUCUGCUACAGGACCAGCACAGGUUAACCGAACAACUGGACUCAGCAGAGGUGGCAAAUGCUGUGAGCUUCCUGCAAGUAAGAACCACACAGCCCCAUGGAUGUACCGAGAAGAACCUUUUCUGGUCUGACCGCACCCUACCCCCAAUUUGGUUGCUGGAAAGAAAUCCCAGCAUUCUUGCCUCUAAUAUAAUGAGGCCAGCAUGGAUUAUACAAGGGGAGUUUGCUAGAUGCAGUGAGACCUUGAUCCUUACCAACAAGCAGACCUUGUUUUUCCCUCCCUAAGCACCAGCUGGGCCACUUGGAUCAACACCGUUAGUUGACAGGCCUUUAUCUUCUAUGAACCAACAUGGAAAGGAAUCUUAAGAAUGUUCUUGUCAUUUCUUUUGGAUUUUUACUUCUAUUUACUGCUUAUGGAGGGCUGCAGAGUCUGCAGAGCAGUCUCCACUCUGAAGAGGGUCUUGGCGUUGCCUCACUAAGUGUUAUCUAUGCAGCUCUCAUCCUCUCUUCCAUGUUUCUCCCUCCAAUCCUCAUUAAGAAGCUGGGCUGCAAGUGGACCAUUGCAGGCUCCAUGUGCUGCUACAUCGCAUACUCCUUGGGCAACUUCUAUGCCAGCUGGUAUACGCUAAUCCCUACCUCCAUAAUCCUAGGACUUGGGGGAGCCCCUCUCUGGUCUGCUAAAUGCACCUAUCUCACAACAGCUGGAAAUUUGUAUGCCCAAAAAGCAGGGAAAAUUGGAAGAGAUGUCAUCAAUCAGUAUUUUGGGCUCUUCUUUCUCAUAUUCCAGUCUUCUGGAGUCUGGGGAAAUCUUAUUUCAUCUUUGAUAUUUGGCCAGACUACCACCACAGUAGCGGAAGUCUCAGAAGACCUGAUGUGCUGUGGAGCAUAUGACUGCAUGACAAAUGCUACAACUAACACCACUGCAUCAAGUGGGCCAAGCAAGACCUUAAUCUAUAUCCUGUUGGGUGUCUACACUGGUAGUGGUGUGAUAGCUGUGUUGCUGAUUGCUCUAUUUCUGGAUCAAAUCAAAGCCAACCACGCAGAGAGUGAGACAGAAAAGAUGCAGACACAGUCCUUUUGGUCCACAUUCCUAGCAACUUUCCAGCAUCUUAAAGAUAAGCGACAGUGUCUCCUAAUCCCUCUGACAAUGUACAGUGGGUUUGAACAGGCAUUCCUUGCUGGUGACUAUACAAAGUCAUAUGUGACCUGUGCCCUGGGGAUACAUUUUGUUGGUUAUGUGAUGAUCUCCUUUUCAGCUGCAAAUUCAUUCUGCUCUCUGAUCUUUGGAAAGAUUUCCCAGUUUACUGGCAGAAAAGCCCUAUUUGCAUUAGCUGCAGUUACAAACCUUGCCUGUAUAAUAGCACUAUUGCUGUGGAAACCUCACCCAAACCAACUUGCUGUAUUCUUCAUAUUCGCUGCUCUUUGGGGCCUAGCUGAUGCCAUCUGGCAGACACAAACCAAUGCACUCUAUGGGGUUUUAUUUGAGAAGCACAAAGAGGCAGCCUUUGCUAAUUAUCGACUCUGGGAGUCAUUGGGAUUUGUCAUUGCCUUUGGAUACAACACCUUCUUACAUGUUUACAUCAAACUGUACAUAGUAAUGGCUGUGCUGGUGGUGUCUAUAGUGAUGUAUGGGGCACUUGAAUACCUGGAAGCAAAGAACUUGCCUGGAACACCUACCACUGUGAAGGAGGAAAUAACCGGAUCUGUAGACCAGCAAACACGCCUUUAAACCUAACAGGAUCAGAGCAGUGGAAACAAAGAAUGCUGGGCAGCUCAGCACAACUGAUUUCUUUAAGGGAGAUUCAAAGUGUUCAAUCAGAUUUUAGAAGAAUAUAAAGGAACUGUUUUCCCAGUCAGGCUAAUAAAAGAAAUAGGAAUAAAUCUCCUUUCAUACCUCUGGUUGUUAAAAGAUUAUCUGACUUUGUCAUUUCACUCAAACUCUUACUAAUAAUGAACAACUAUUUUUUAAAAAAUUGUAUUGGAUUUUUUUUUACAAAUAAAAUUUUAUUAAACAUGA